UUUUUUUUUAUUUCUUCUUAUCUUACUUGUUCUUUACUUUAUGAUAUCUUUGUAAAUAUUAAAUCAAAAAUAUAUCAUCUUUCUCAUUUGUCAAACCAGAUGACUCAAGAACUUUUACGCACUGAACCAAACUUAUUUACUUCUACUAGUAGAGCGAGUUCGGAGAGUAAAAAUUCAUCUGCCAUUUCAAUUCCUGAUAUGCCUGAUCCAGUUGCCGAGUCUUCUCUUACCUCUCUUCCCCCUCUUCCUCCGCAUAAUAACGAUCAUGAAUCUUCAAGGUCCUUUUUUGCAUUCAACUUUGGUAGAAGAAAAAAUUCAAAGUCUCAGACUUCAACAUCUCACCUUUCUAUUGACGAAUCACAAUAUAGUCAAUCAGCAAAACAACAACAACAACAACAACAACAUUCUCUUUAUCACAAUAAUAAAUAUUCUUUUGACGAUCUUACCAAUGAUACUACAACAAGUACCAGUAACAAUGUAUCUGAUGUUGAAAAGUCUCCUAGAAAUAGCCUAAGCAAAGAAUUGAAAGACUUGACUUCCGAGACAUCUUCAAUGGAUGACCGUCAUUAUCAUCACCUUCAACAACAACCAGCAUCUCUAAUUACCAACAAUGACAUUGCUAGGAUUACAAGAGCUCUUGCAACUUCUGAAAAUACCAACAAUGAAAAUAAUAGCCAUGCCAUACCUGCUAAUAUGAAUCCUGUCUCUCGUUUAUUGAAAUACUCUGAAAUCACAUCAAAAGCUUGUGAAGCCUUGGGUCGUACUAUCGUACAAACUGUGGAUUCUUAUACCAUAAAUAGCUUUUUGGAUAACUUUUUGGCACAACACACUUUAUCUGUAAGCUUGCAAACCACUACAACAACAACUGAAACAUCAGAAGCUUGUAGAAAAAAUAUCAAUUCACUUCCAUCAUGUUUAUUGUCCAACAAAGCUAUUAUUACUACUACCACGACUACCCUCAAUGAUCAUACCAAUCAAGUAUCACCCUCUUCAACAAUGACACCCAGUAUCGAACCAAACACUACAAUCGGUUCAUCAUUCAUGACAUCAACAAGGGAAAGAAGAAAGGAUACCAUUUUAACCAAACUUAGGCCAUCCGAUCGUCAACAACAACAACAACAAAAACAACAAAAAGAUGAAGAUCUCAUCAAAUCCGCGACUCCUGUAUCUGUAACUUCUUCUUUAUCUUCAUUGGAUACUGACAGCACAAAAGUGACAUUAGAUCUAUCAAUGUCCAUGCGAAGGAAAAAUGCCAUCAAGGAACUUAUGCAAACGGAGAAAAAAUAUCUGGAGGAUUUACGAGUCUUGGUCACGCAUUUUUUUGAAAUCAUCAAAGACGCAAGGUGUAUUACACGCGAACAUCGAAAGUUGAUCAUGCGUAAUGGUGAAGCGAUUUUACAAUUUCAAGAAAAAUUUGCAGACGCCUUAGAAGAAGCUCAUGGAUACGACCACGAUAGGCAUGAACUCUCAUCGACUCCAGAUGUGAAAAACAUUGCACAAUGUUUUAUUACUUGGGGACCUCGUUUUGAUAUAUAUAUGGAAUACUGUGUUGGACAAGACAAAGCAGUAGAUAUUUAUCGCUAUUUAUUGGACACCAAUGAUGCCUUUUCAAACCUAAUGGAAAGAACUCACAGCUUCCUUCGUGUAUCACUUGGUUUUGGAUUAGGAAGUAAAUUGACGUUUGAUGAUUACUUGAUUACGCCAUUCCAAAGAGUUUUUCGAUAUCGGUUGAUGCUCCAAUCUAUUACCAAAACUUCAAAGCCAGGAUCGGACGAAACAAUGCUAUUGGCUAAGGCACAAGAUGUAAUGCAUGAUAUCGCUACAAAACUGAACAGUGCAAAAUCAAGACUGGAGGCUGAAAAAAAGACCGAUUUAUUUUUAACAAGAUUAAAAAGCGAUUGGACUAUUCCAAAGCGUUGGCAUAGUACUCUUGGCACAUGUCUUUUGAUUGGUACAUUAGAAGUUCGUCAAGUUAAAGAUGGAAGGAAACCUAAACGAUAUGGAUGUGCUUUAUUUGGAACCUACAUGAUCAUUGUUAAGGCAAAAAAAGGAAAAUCAUAUUAUGAACCUCGACAUUGGUUUCCUUUACGUAUGUUUGAAUUGGAAGAUAUUGAAGAUAUCGAUGGUUCAAUGGUUCAUGCAUGGAAACUUUACAAUGAUCAACAUGCGGUGGAAUUCGGUGCUAUGUGUGAACAAGAAAAACAGAUUUGGUUAGAAGAAUUACGAAAGGCUAUCAAUGAAUCCAAGGCACAAUAUGAAAAUCACCUAUGGGAUACCCAGAAUCGCGGUAAUGUCAUCGAGCAACUAUUUGUAUCUUCUUUUGAUAGUACGGACUCCAGCAAAUCUCAGCAACAAUCUCCAGCAUCCAAUGCUUCUUCGGUAUCAAGUCUGCAAAGCGUAUUAUCACGACAUGAAUCAAUCAAUUUCAACAACUACAAUAACAACAGUAACACUGGUAGCAAGACAAAUAGAAUGUCAAAACUAUUAUUUAUGCAUCAUCUAAAUACGAAUGGACAUCGAUCACCAAUUACCAAUGACAAAAGCAAUCAUCGUCAUCGAAGUAGGAGAAGCGUAUCAAGUGUUAGUGGAUUGGAUGAUUCUCUACAUUGUAUUACAUCGUCUUCUGCCAAUACUGCCAACACAACAACAACAACAACAACACCAAUAUCUACCUCCGCAUUAGCAUCCAUGUAUCCCAAUCAUUCAUCCAAUAACAGUCAACAUUAUUGUCAGCGUCAUCCUGGAAAUGAUUCUUCUAGACAAUUUCUUCAUUUAUCAUCAUCAUCAUCAUCAUCACCUAUUGAUUCAUCAUUAUUACCUUCCAACAGUAGUCAAUCUUCUUUUCUACGACAUUCUCAAUCUAAUAUGAAUGAUUUACGUGAAUUCUUCCAUUCAAAUGUUGCUGGUAAAUGGUCACAACGUAAAUAUACUCAAUAUCAAUCUAGGCGCGUAGCAGUAGAUGCCAAAUUUGAAGAUGUAUCAACAACCCCGAUUCUGACUGCAAGAUCACAAGCUAGACAAGAUCGAAAAGGUUCUUUUGAACAAUGGAGAAGAAGGUCUACUCUGGUGGACGAUCAUUAUCAAUCUUAUAAUCAAUCCUCUAAUGUUGGUUAUUAUGGAACUCCUCGACAUGGUUGAUAUGUUUUUUUUUUUUUAUCAUCUACACCUUUUUUUUUUUUUUUUUUUUUUUUU